UAACAAGGCUCCUUGUUUGUGUAUAAAAGUUAGUUGAAAAUUAUCUGUUGCCCUGUACACAUUCUGUGUAAUAGUCACUAGAAUGGCAAGUUCUCAGCGCUUCUUGUCGGCACCAACUUCUUCUGAACAUGUCCUAAUAAAGACUUCAAUUGUUUUCAUUAUUUCAAUGCUAAUUCCAAAUGUAAUCGCUGUACCCAAACUAAUUUUCGAAGAUAAUUUUGACACACUGAACAGGUCCACCUGGCAACAUCUAAUAACUUCAUGGCGCGGUGGCCAGAGUCAAUUCCAAUACUACACUAACCGCACGGAAAACAGUUAUGUUAAAAAUGGAAUAUUACAUAUUGUCCCUACUUUCACGUCCACCCGUUUUGGAGAGUCUUUCUUGUACAACGGUACACUCAAUUUGACCGCCGAAGGAUGUAAUUUUAUUGGUCCGGAAAACCUUUCCAGCAGCUGUGUCAGGAAAGGAGGACUCAACGGUGACAUCAUUAAUCCAAUCCAAUCAGCGAGAAUGAGGACCAUUAAUUCCUUCAGUUUCACUUACGGGACCGUCGAAAUUAGGGCAAAAUUGUCGCGCGGAGAUUGGCUGUGGCCAUCAUUGUGGCUUUUGCCGACCGAUAAUGUCUACGGAGAAUGGCCCCAAUCGGGAGAAAUCGAUAUGGUUGAAAUACGUGGCAACGAGAAAUACGUUUGCGAUGGAAUGCAAAGUGGUAAUAAACGGGCUAAUUCUACAUUGCAUUGGGGCGCGAGCGUUACGCAAGAUAAGUACGCCAAAACUAGAUGGUCCAAAUUGCUGUCGAAUGGCUCAUUUGCUACUGAAUUUCACACCUACGGUUUAAGCUGGCUACCGACCGGAAUAUCCUUUCUUAUUAACGGCCAGGUAAUUGGGAACAUUACCCCGACUGCCGGUGGAUUCUGGAAACUGGGAGGUUCAAGCGGUACCAAUAUUUGGGCCAAUGGUACCAUCAUGGCUCCUUUUGACAAACGAUUCCACUUCAUUUUGAAAGUAGCGGCUGGUGGCGAUUAUUUUCCCGACCGUUGUUUCAAUUAUAACGACACAGAAGCGUUAGUUCCAAAGCCGUGGAGUACCAAUGCCACCGUGCAAAUGAAACCAUUUUGGGCUGCGAAAAAUCAGUGGUACCCAACUUGGACUCGCAAUCCUGAAGACAGUCACAUGUUGGUCGAUUACAUUCGCGUUUGGUCACUAUAAAUGAAGCCAUGAUUUGUCAUGCCAAUUGACAGUUUUUUUUUUUUUACUUUCUGGUGUUGGUACAUUUCUCCUUUCCUAUCUAUAUGGUACAGCAUACAAAUAAAAUGCAGUGUUUAUACACUCA